UCGGCAGGCAGGGCUGAUCGCUAUGGACCAUGCACUCCGUGCAGCUAAGAAAAAGGAGCGGGUGGAAAUGCACAAAAACAGCAGGCUUUGCUUAAAUGUUCACCUCCCGGGGCUUCGAAGGCUUCCAAGAGGAGCAGUCCCCGGCUUUGCUCUCCGACCUCUCUGCCAUGGAGUCAGCACCUGACAGCAGCCCAGGGAGCUACGACCCUGGGACUGUGGCUGUGAAGGAGAAGCUCCGGGAGAAGCUCCGGGGGCCAGAGGGCAGCCGAAGUGGCAGCCGGGGCAGCUACAAUCCCCUGCAGUACCAGGUGGCACACUGCGGGCAGACGGCUGUCCACCUGCCUCCGACCUUGACGGCACCAGGCCAGCCCCUGUGCGUCCCCGAGGCCCCCUUGGCCACCAUCGUGCCCCCCAACAGCCCCCUCAAGGCGCCCUCCCCGGCUGACCCCUCGCAGGAGGACAAGGAGGCAGUGAACAAGGACUGCCUGGAAUACCGGCUGUGGCGGGAGCGCAACAAUAUCGCCGUGCGCAAGAGCAGGGACAAGGCCAAGCGGCGCAUCCUGGAGAUACAGCAGUACAUGGCAGAAAAUGAGCAGCUGCGCAGCCGCGUAAGGCAGCUCACGCAGGAGCUGGAUAUCCUGCGCAGGUGUUUGAGAGCUAUUAUAAAUUUGUUGUCAUUGGUCAGCACAGAAAUUAAAAAUUAAGGUCAUAAAAAAAAAGAGAGUAUUGUUGGUAAGAAGGGCUGAGGAAAGAAGAGCUUUUUAUAUAAGGAAAGGACAUGGUUUGUAAGAAUGACUUUAUCCGGAUGGCUAGUUUACUCUAGACUGAAAUGGAAAUGGUAAAAUGUUUAAAGUAAGUCGAAGAGGGUGUGUGAAAGUCACAGAAAGUAUUUGGGUCAAUUCAGCUGAACAGGCACCAGGUAUUAAUCCAAAUUUGUAUGACUUCUUCAGGGAUGUGUUUUCUGUUUUUGUCUCUGUUGUAUUUUCUGUUUUUGAAUUUUGAUGCCUUUUUGUAACUUUGUAUUCUGCGGGGCCUACUUCCCCUACCCCGCAGACUUGCUUCUGUGCUUAUAAGAUUGGCUGUAAGACACAGAGAUGUGCUUGCAAUACUUUUAUUUUGUUUUACCCCGGUGAUGGGUAGCCCACAUAUCCCAAUGAAGAUCACGUGGGAGGUAAUAUCUGGUACCGCUGAGGUUGUGUGGCCCGUUACCCGCGUGGCCCCUUCUGGGAUAUGGUGGCCCUCCUUGCACCCCAGUGUUUGUUAAUUGGUUGUAAAAAAGACACCUGGGACAUCUCCGGCCUGUUUUCUGAUCAGACUCCCCUAUGAAACAAAGGACCGGGCGGAAGCGUAUAUUUAAUCACCUCUUAAUUCUAAUUGUUACCAACGUGGGACAAAAUUUAAAAAGUAAUCCCUUAAAUUUUAAGAUUCAAAUUUGACAAAAAAAAAGGGGGGGAAUGAGAAGAUAAGGCAGGAUGGGGUUAAAAUGGAGUUGCUGAGCUAACUGCAUAUUGUUUUGCUUUUGUGCAAAAUGCUUUGGCUUGCAAAAUGCUGUUAUGAGAUAAUUGAACUAUAGCUGACCUUGUGACAUGUGAUAAUUGUUUUAAGUUUUAAAAACCACAAAAACAGAAGUUGAUCGGAAAUGUACCCAACCUAUGUCAUGAUGACCCCAUAUUUGUGCUUACUCAAGUACCUUGUGAUCUGUACCCUGGAAAAACCCUUUACCUUGUGAUAAUUUGUCAUGCUGUGGUUUAUCAUGUGAUCUUUUGUAAUGAUGUGGAGAUAUGCUAAUGUUGUGGUUUUAAUCCUUAAAUACUCUGUGCGGUUGAUGAUCGGGGCCUCUCUUCUCGCACUGCACCAGAGGGUGCUGUUGUGCUUAGAGUUGGCCCAUCUGCGCAGAUGUAAUAAACUUCCUCAUGCCCUUUGCAGCGAUUGGAAUGGAAUUCGUGUUUCUGGGGUCGGUAGAAGUGUGGGACACCUUUUGGGGGUCUUACAGUCCGUUGAUAGUGUCCGGAAAACACAAACA